AUGAAACUCAACCUUGUCACCAUCGUUGUCACUGUCUUGGCGGGCGACUUAGCCGCAGCCACCCCCAUCGCUUGCACAGAGUGGAAACGCGACCUUAUUCUCAAGGGCGAACUCCCGCCGGAAGCCUGCUGCAGCUACGGGCGAUGCGUCCGCGAUGUGGUCGUUGCCAUGUUCUAA